AUGGCCGAGACGGACCCCAAGACCAUGCAGGACAUCACCUUGGUGCUGGAGAUGCUCCUGCGGCAGAUGCAAGACAAGAUUCAGAUCAUGUCCGACCAGAUCAUUGGAAGGAUCGAUGACAUGAGCAGUCACAUUGACAACGUGGAGAAAAAUAUCUCUGACCUCAUGUCCCAGGCUGGAGUGGAAGAACUGGAAGGCAAAAACUAG